GGCCGCGGCGAUGCAGAGGCGACACCGGAGCGCAGGCACCAGGCUGAGUCCGGCGGCUCCGGCAGCAAUCCCGGCGCGGACUACAAGUACCACGAGCACUCCUGUGGGUACUACAGGUCCCACAAUACCUUACGCCGCCUGGUGUCUCCGCGUUGGUCCCGAUUUAAAUUCAGGCAGUGAGGAAAAUGGCGGUGCGGGGCUGAGCGUGGGGGAGAUGGAGAUGUAGCUGAGCUCUGGCUCAUUUCCCGGUUUCAGGUACAAUGGUGAAAAUCAAACUGAAGGGAUCUACAGGUUCAACCUCAUUUGUCUACCUUAAAGCUCUUUUCUGUGCAUUCCUACUGGCUUCUGCUGUAGUGAAUACUGUGCUCGGCACGCUGUUCACUGUGAAGGAAAUAUGGCACGGAAUAUGAAAAAGAAAUAGAGGAAAGGGGAUCCUAAUUAAUGGAAGGCUCAAAUCUGUUAGUAUAACAUGGGAAGACAACUGAUUUUUCUUCAAAUAUUGAAUGGAUGUGACCUAAAAUGAAUUCUGAUUCUGAAGGUCCUCUGAAAAAUAUGCAGUGCUUGAAUGUUUGCUAAGGACUACUGCUGAUGCAAGGUCAAGAUGAGCGGAUUAGGAGAAAACUCCUUAGACAGUUUGACUAAUGAGUCAAGGAAGCGCAAGCCAUUGCCCUGUGAUACACAAGGUGCAAGUCUGGUCUGCAGUGGUGAGAAGCGUCGACGUGAGCAGGAAAGCAAAUACAUUGAAGAACUGGCUGAGCUGAUAUCUGCUAAUCUGAGUGACAUUGACAAUUUCAAUGUCAAACCAGACAAAUGUGCUAUCUUAAAAGAAACUGUGAGACAGAUUCGACAAAUAAAAGAGCAAGGAAAAACAGUUUCUAAUGAUGAUGACGUUCAGAAAGCUGAUGUAUCAUCCACGGGUCAAGGAGUUAUUGACAAGGAUUCAUUGGGACCUCUUUUAUUACAGGCAUUGGAUGGCUUCCUCUUUGUUGUAAAUCGAGAUGGGAACAUAGUAUUUGUAUCAGAAAAUGUCACACAGUAUCUGCAGUAUAAACAAGAAGAUUUGGUUAAUACAAGUGUGUAUGGUAUCUUGCAUGAAGAAGACCGGAAGGACUUUCUUAAAAACUUACCUACAUCUUCAGUUAAUGGAGUUUCUUGGAGUAAUGAAGCACCUCGGCAGAAGAGCCAUACAUUCAAUUGCCGGAUGAUGGUGAAAAGCUCUCAUGACCUCUUUGAAGAUGUAGGUGGCUACCAGGAUAUACGUCAAAGAUAUGAAACUAUGCAGUGCUUCGCUUUAUCGCAGCCAAGAGCUAUGAUGGAAGAGGGGGAAGAUUUGCAGUCCUGCAUGAUUUGUGUGGCGCGUCGUAUCACAACUGCAGAAAGGGUGUUUCCAGCAAAUCCAGAGAGCUUUAUUACAAGACAUGAUCUUUCAGGCAAACUUGUCAACAUUGAUACAAACUCAUUACGAUCUUCCAUGAGACCUGGCUUUGAAGAUAUAAUUCGUCGCUGUAUUCAGAGAUUCUUAUGCAACAAUGACGGGCAGUCAUGGUCAAAUAAACGCCACUAUCACGAAGCUUAUACGCAAGGUCAUGCUGAAACCCCAUUGUAUAGAUUUUCUUUAGCGGAUGGUACAAUAGUGACAGCACAAACGAAGAGUAAACUGUUUCGAAAUCCUGUAACUAAUGACCGCCAUGGAUUUGUCUCUACCCACUUUCUUCAGAGAGAACAAAAUGGAUAUCGGCCAAAUCCUAAUUCUGUUGGGCAAAACAUCAGAACACCUGUGACUGGAAACACAAACUCUGUUAAUGGUCUUAUGAACAUGUCACCUGGUCAAGCCAUGCCAAUGCAGAGCAGAACCUAUGGGAUGGGAGAUCCCAAUGCAGUGGGUCAGCUCACCAGCACUCGAUAUGGAAGCCCUGGGAAUAUGGGGCCAGUGAACUCUGGAACUGGCUUGCAGUCCUCUGCUUAUCAGAGUAACAGUUUUGGGUUAAAUAUAAGUAGCCCACCGCAUGGCAGUCCUGGCUUAACUUCCAGCCAACAGAAUCUAAUGAUAUCUCCUAGGAAUCGCGGGAGUCCAAAAAUGAGUUCACACCAGUAUUCUCCAGUUACAGGUAUGCACUCGCCAAUGGGAUCUGCCAGCAACACUAGCAACAGCACUUUUUCUAGCAGUUCUCUCAGUGCUCUGCAAGCCAUUAGUGAGGGUGUUGGAAAUUCCCUUUUAUCAACACUUUCUUCACCGGGUCCAAAAUUGGAUAAUUCCCCAAACAUUAGCGUAACUCAGCAAAUUAAAACAAGUACCCAGGACUCCAAAAGCCCUUCUGGUUUGUAUUGUGAACAAAACCAAGUGGAAAGUUCCAUCUGCCAGUCAAACAGCAGAGAUCUCUUUAGUGAAAAAGAUAGUAAAGAGGGAAAUCUGGAGGCAUCUGAAAGUCAGAGAGGACCAUCUGAGAGUAAAGGGCAUAAAAAACUCCUUCAGCUACUUACGUGCUCCUCAGAUGAAAGAGGACAUUCUACAGCAUCAAACUCGCCUUUAGACUCAAAUUGUAAAGAAUCUUCUACCAGUGUUACCAGUCCUUCUGGAGUUUCCUCAUCAACAUCUGCAGGGGUAUCUUCCUCCUCAAACAUGCAUGGGUCGCUCCUCCAAGAGAAGCACAGGAUUUUACAUAAAUUGUUGCAGAAUGGUAAUUCUCCAGCAGAGGUGGCCAAGAUCACAGCUGAAGCUACUGGUAAAGACACAUAUCACGAUGCUAGUAACUCAACCUCCUGUGGAGAAGGCACUGUCAAACAGGAACAACUAAGCCCAAAGAAGAAAGAAAACAAUGCUUUACUAAGAUAUCUACUAGAUAAAGAUGAUAUUAAGGAACUGCCUUCCAAAGAGUUGAAGCCUAAAGUAGAAUGUGUGGAUAGUAAGAUGGGACAAUGCACAAGUUCUACAAUUCCUACUUCAAGUCAAGAAAAAGAGAUGAAAAUAAAAAUUGAGCCAGCAGAGAAGAUGAAUGGAGACUUGGAUAAUUUGGAUGCAAUUCUAGGUGAUCUUACUAGUUCAGAGUUUUACAAUAAUGCUGUGUCUGCAAAUGGAAAUAACCCUGGAACAAAGCAAGCAUUAUUUCAAGGAAAUGCCCUGUUGGGUGUGAAGAGUCCCCAGUCUGUGCAGACUACUCGCCCACCUUUUAACAGAGCCAUGUCUUUAGACAGCCCUAUGGGCUCAGGUGCUUCAGUGAGGAAUGUCAAUGCAUUCUCCAUGUUGCAAAAGCAAAACUUGAUGAGUGGAAGUCCAAGAACGAUUGAAAACCAAGAAAAUUUUGGAGCAAAUCUGGCAAGUGCUCCCCACAGAAAUGUGGCGAUGAAUCAGCAUCAGCCAGGAGACUGGGGUUUGCCAAACUCCAAAGUGAAUGGACUGGAAUCUGCAAGUUCUGCUGCAAUGUUGAGACCAGGACCUGAAUUUAGUACAACCCUUCCGAGGCCCCCAGCGGCUGGCUCUGUGCCUGGGCUGCCUGUUCGCUCUAACAGCAUACCUGGUAGUAGGCCAAUGCUGCAACAGCAAAUGAUUCACAUGAGGCCAAAUGAGAUAAACAUUGACAUGGGAGGUAAUCCCUAUGGACAGCCUGGACCUUCUAACCAACCUGGAUUGUGGCCUGACAAUAUGAUGUCCAUGGAGCAAGUGUCACGGGGUUCACAAAACAGACAAUUAGUUAGAAACUCUUUGGAUGAUCUCUUAUGUUCGGCACCAAAUAUGGAAGGCCAGAAUGAUGAAAGGGCACUUCUGGAUCAGCUGCACACACUGUUGAGUAAUACAGAUGUCACAAGUCUGGAAGAAAUUGACAGAGCACUAGGAAUUCCUGAUCUUGUAAACCAAGGACAAGCUUUGGAACCCAAACAAGAUUCAUUUCAAGGUCAGGAAUCUUCAGUUAUGAUUGACCAGAAGCCUUUGUUAUAUGGUCAACCCUAUCAAGGGCAAGGGGCAGCAAUGCCAGGAAGUUUUAGUAACGUCCAGGGACAACAGCCAUCUUUUAAUUCAGUGAUGAACCAGAUGAGCCAACCGAGCAAUUUUCCUCUGCAAAGUAUCCAUCCCCGAGCAAAUGUGAUGAGACCUCGGACCAGCACACCAAAGCAGCUACGCAUGCAGCUCCAGCAGAGGCUCCAGGGACAGCAGUUUAUGAAUCAGACCCGUCAAAGUCUUGAAAUAAAAAUGGAAAAUCCAGUCAGUGGUACUAACUCAGUGAUGAGACCAGUUAUGCAGCCACAGGUGGGAUCCCAGCAGCAAGGUUUUCUUAAUGCUCAAAUGGUGGCUCAGCGUAACAGGGAACUAAUAAGUCACCAUUUUAGACAACAGAGGAUGGCAAUGAUGAUGCAGCAGCAACAGCAACCUCAGGCCUUCAGUCCACCACCAAAUGUGACAGCCUCAGGAAGCAUGGAUAGUGCUUUGACAGGCCCUCCAAACUUGAUGGCUCAAGUUCCUUCACAACAAUUCCCCUAUCCACCUAAUUAUGGAAUAAGCCAACAACCUGAUCCUGCAUUUAGUAGAGUAUCAAGCCCUCCAAAUCCAAUGGUAUCAUCAAGAAUUGGACCCUCCCAGAACCCUAUGCUGCAGCAUUCUCAGUCAGCAACAAUGUACCAGUCGUCAGAGAUGAAGGGCUGGCCCUCAGGAAGCAUCCCCAGAAACAGUUCUUUUCCCCAGCAGCAGUUCGGCCAUCAAGGUAGCCCAGCAGCCUACAGUAUGAUGCACAUGAAUGGCAGCAGUGGCCAUAUUGGACAGAUGAGUAUUAAUACCAUGCCUAUGCCAGGACUGCCUAUGGGUCCAGACCAGGUAAGUUGUACAUCAAGACUGAUGAAAAGAUUUGCUGACUCUUUUUCCAGUGAGUACAGUCUGCUUACAUCCAUUCCUCCUGCACAAUCCUGUUCUCAGUUACCCUGUUUGUAUUUGCAUCUGUGGGCGUAUUAAUUUUAUGUCCUAAGAGAUACUUUCUUUUUGAUGAUACAUAAGCAAAUUCACAAUGAGCCCAAGCUGUAUGCUGGAUUAGCUGUUGACUUUGAAGUAUCAUGAAUAGGACCAAGCCUUAAACUGCACAAAGGAUGAUGAAAUACUUCUGAACUUGGAGAAACCCCAAAAAAACCCCCAUGGACAUUGUGAAAUGCAUCUUCAGCAGAUCUUGAAAAGUACAUGUAAUAGCUCUUACAAGUCAGGCUAAGAAUCCUGCUAGUUUGGUAUCAUUCUGGCAGACCCUGAUAAUAAUAUUUGCCCUUACAAUACCUUAGAAUAACUUGUGUAUGCAUAGCCAGAAACAAUGGAAAAAAAUUAAGACCCCUCAUUUAAGGUGAAAAUGUGCUAAUAACAGGCACGGAAAAGAAAGCUGAAAUACAAAAUACACUUUUGCUACAAUCUUUACACAAAGUACCUGAUGAGCAACAUAAUACUGACAUAAGCUAAAUCUAUUCAAGUAAAAAGUACCUCAUGAAAUUUUGUCCAGCAUACCCAAGGAAGCAGUAAGAAUAAUGAGGACUUCUGGGGGUAAGUAAAGUUUUGGAGGACUUUGAUACAGUGAAUGCCUUUUAUAAGUAGGAGAAUAUAAAGGUUAAAUGUCAGAUUUUCCAAAUCUACAUGACAUAAAGAUACCCAAAUAGUGUGUUUUAGAAAAUUCUAGGACAGCAUUUAUUUUCUAGAAAUUUAUUUUCAAAGUGGAGCACUAAAAAGCUAUUCUUCUGCUUCUAGGCAUUGAUUGGCAGUAGUUCCUUCUUCCAAAUGCAGUACACAAACCAUUUCUUUCAGCAAAGAUGUCUUCUCUGAUGAAAGUAUCUUUUCUUUAACAGAAAUACUGCUGACAUCUAGAACCACAUCUUCAAACAAGAAUGGUUGAAUGCACUAGUUAGAAAGGAAAGUGACAUAUUCUUCAUGGCAAGUCAUACUGGGCUUAACAGAAACCA